AUGGAUAAACUUAAAGAGUUUAUUGAUGAGAGAUUAGACUCUUUGGCUUGCUUUAACAUCAAAAUUGAGUAGUAUAAAAAAAUGGUUCUAUAAACUGACAUAAAUAAUGUUAACAGAAUUCCUACACCAUCUUCGAUUAACAUAGAUGCUUAGAAUGCAGAGCUAUCCAAUAUUCUUAUAAAAGAAAUUGUGAAUUUAAAAAAGCAAGAAAAAAGAAGAAUUGAAAUGGAAAACUCUCUCAUGCAAUAAAUUAAUUAGGAUAAUUUAGAAUUUUGCUCAGAUAUUCACUUCUUUUUUAGCCAGAGCAUGGAUAUUAUGCUAAGAAUAGAUAGCUCUUUUCAAUAUUAUGAUUAAUUUAAUGGCAGUUUUGAAGAUGUAGCCAAAGCUUACAAGCAUUUUUUCAAAAAAUAGUAAGACUUAAAGAAAUACAACGAAACAGAUAUAAUCCAUCAGUAAAAUUUAUAAGAAAAAAUUCCUGCAUUCCUUAUACUAUUUAAAUGGCUUAUAGAUUUAUCACGUUAGAAAUUUGAAAGGUGUAUUUUUCAAAGAAGUCAAGAACUUGUUCAAGAAGUAAAGACUAACUAGAAAAACAGACUAAGUAUAAUAGCUGAAACUUAAAAGAAUUGCAUCGAAUCAUAGUAAUUAAAUGGAUUAAGAAUUAAUUAUUAAUCAGUUAGGUAAUCUACCUAAGACAAAUAAUCUACAUAGCCAAAUUUAUAGUUUUAGAAUGUAAGAUAUUAAGAUAGCACAUAGCAAUCUAGAAAAAAUAAAUUUAGACUAUCAACAGAUGGGAGAAUAUAAACUGAAGGCUUUUUUCCAGCAAGCAAUAAGUUAAAUAGUUGCAAUUUAAGCAGCGAAGAAUUUAUCAAUUAUUUACAUGUGAUAAAUAAAAUGACUAUUAAAGCUCCUUAAAAUUAACAGCCUAAUCAAAGCUUAAAUAAAAGUAAUUUGGCAAAAGAAAUUUACUUUUAAAGCAACGAACAUCAAAAUACAUACAUAAAAUCCUCUAAUCCUAAAUAAGCUAUUAUUGUUCCUCAAAUGGCACAAUUCAUGAUUUCUAAUAAUGUUUAGCAAAAUUAAAAUAAAAAUAAAUUUUUAAAUAUUAAUGUUAAUAUUAUCAACAGCAGCUAAUAAAAUGAAAAUAAUACUCAAAAUAACUCAGAAUAAUAAAUAAUUUAGAAAUAAAACAUUUAAGAUACUGCUAAUUUAUAAAACUAAAACUACCCUAAAGCUAAUUCGUAAUCAUCAACUUCAUCUUCGUCUUAAUAAAGUAAUUCAACUACAAAGUAAGAUUUUAAUAUCAUCACAACAUCAAACUAAGAUAUAGAAGAAAAUAAAUUAAACAAAAUAACAAAUGAAGAUAUCGUAAAAGCACAUUUUAAUACUGAAAUUUAAUAAUUAUUAUCAGGGAAAAAAAAUAUGAGCAGUUAGUAGCAUAUCAAAUAAUUUAUCAAGCAUAGAAAAGGUUCUUCUCUAUAAAUAACAAACAGCUUAAAUUUGUCACAGAAUGGAAAUCAAGUGAGUUGUGAUAACUAAAAUAUAAACUUACCAAAGAAAUAUGAUGCAAAUUACUAAAAAAUAAUUUUUGAAAAUUAAGGAAAUUGUCAAAACAAGAAAUAUGGUAAAAUUAUUCCUGCAACUCAUUAUCCGGAUUAUAGAAAUAUUUUAGAAUUAGAUAAUUCUUAGAAUGUCCUCAGUUAUUAUAUGAGAAAGAAUUAUGAUAGCAGUGUUAAUGAAGUUAGUGAAAAUGGUAAAAACCUAAUGAUAAGCUCACUUUUAACAAAAAAUUAGAUUAUUAAAUCAACAAUUGAUAAAUAUUUUACUAUUUAUUUUGCUAAAUUUCCUGAAAUGACUACCAAAACUGUGAACUCUAAUUGUAUUAACUCUACUUAAAAUAGUGAAUCUAAAGAAAGAAAAAGUUUAUAAUCUCAAAAUUAAAGGAAAAGGAGAAAUAGUGGAUUAAUGAUACUAAGUUAGACAACACCAAUCCAAUAAUUAAUCCUUUCUAAAACUAGUUAAUAAAAUUAACAGAAUAACUUAGUGGAGGUGUCCUAAGGAAAUUAGUGUGUAGCAGUGUUUCAAAAUGCAAAUUGCAUCAACAAAUUUAAUUAAACUUAAGAUAAAUUUUGGGAUCAAAACUAACAAUCAUGCUCAAAUAAAACUAACUUAAAUCAUCUAAAUAAGACUUUUGACAUUCACUAAGAUUAGUAAAUUUAAUUAAAUUAGCUAAUUAGUAUUGAAGAUAAAGUAAAUAAUUACAACGAAAGUUAAAUAUAGAGCAACAAAAAGAAAUAUUCAAUUUAACCAUGCUAUAGAGAUGAAAGAAUUCACACUUAAGGCUAAGAAUAAGAUAUUUAAGUUAAACCAAAAGGCUGCUAAAUAAAUUUAGAAAAAUUAAUUAGAAUCACAAACCACAAUAAUUAGUAUAAUAUUCCCAAAAGACCUCAAACAAGCAUGUCAAAUUUUGAAGAAAGUGUGGUAAAAUAGCAAAAUUAAAAAAAAAGCACUAACCCUAAUCAAUCACAAGACUUUAAAAAUUAACAAUAAAUUAAGAAUGUAUAAAUUGAUAACAUUAUUAUUAAUUAGAGAGCUCCUUAAAUUAAUUGUUAGAACAAUGGAGUAAACCAAAAUAUAAAUUCACCUUAGCCUCGCCAAAUUCUAAAUAGUUUAAAACUUUCGACUGAUUUAUCUGGAAAGAAGAUGAAAUAAAGCUAAUAUCAACGUAUGCAAAAAAAAUAAUAACAAAUUUAUUUCGAAUAAUUAUCAUCUACAAAGACUCAAGGCUUUAUAAAAAAUACUCCAUCAAAUUAAGCAAAUUCUUUAAGUGUAAAUUCUAGAUCUAUUUUAUAUAAUUACAAGCAGCAAUACCUACCAUAAUAGUUCUCAAAUUAAAAAUGUGCAUAAGUUUAAUCUAACUAAAAUACCAAACAAAAAAUUAACACUGAGGCAAGCGAUUUUUAAAGCCUUGAGAGAGACCCUAUAGCAUAUUUUCCUAAUAAAAACCAUAGAAGAAGAGCUAACUCCUAGCUUAAUAAUGAAAAUUUAUUUUCAGCAAGCAAACAAGAUACGAUUAACAUAUCAAUAACUAACAUGAAUUUAAUUACUGAAUUUUCUAAUUAAGUAACAUCUAAAUCAGGAGCUAAACCACCUCAAUCUUCUCAAAAUAAUAAAAAUGUAUCUUACAGCAAGUAAUUAAUGUAAAUAUAAAAUCUAUAACAAAAUAGCAUAAACAUAAUUCCUCCGUUUACAAACCUUGAAAUUUUAAAUAAAUUUGAAACAGCUUAAAAUCAAUAAAAGGAUAUCAUAAAUCCAUAAUAAAGCUUUAACAACAGCAGCAACAACAACAAUAAUAAUAAUAUAAAUAACUUUAAUAAAAUUAUAUAAAAAAUGGUUUUUAGGUGA